AAUCCGUUGUAUUAGAUGAGCUAAUCCAACGGAUUAUUCUUCUAACACAACAGAUAGUGUUCCCGAUUUUUUUUUUUUUUUAAUUUUUCAGUUAGAGCUAAUCCAACGGAUCAACCCCAAUUACUAAAAAAAGAACAAAAUAAUAACACCUAAUACAACGGAUGAGUAAAAAAAAAAAACCUGGAAUGCUGAAAUACUAGAGCCAAAAAUGAAAUUGAAACCCCAAUUCCCAAACUUCUCAGCAGUCUUCCUUCGUUCUUCUCCCUCGCUGCUGCUCGUUCCUUCGUACUCCUCCCUCGCUGCUGCUCGUUGCUUCGUUCUCCUCCCUCGCCGCCGCCGUUGCUUCGUUCUCCUCCCUCGCCGCCGCCGUUGCUUCGUUCUCCUUCCUCGCCGUUUUGUUUUGCUGUGCUCGAAUCUCUAUCUGAGUGGUGCCUGGAAGGAUUUGGAACUCAAUGAAUACAACUUUAAAGCUAAAGGUCUUCCACCUAAAGGUGGUCAUUUGCAUCCCUUACUCUAGAUUAAGGGGAGUAAAGCAAAAGCUCCUGAUUCCCAAAGUCAGCUUCCAGACUAUGAGUUACAAAGGCUCAGAAAAUUGAAGUAUAAUGCUGAAAGAAUGUCAGCCCAAGGAUCGGGAUCCUUGGCGAAUAAGAUACUGCAACAAAAAACACGCGACAUACUUUGUUCGAGUGUGAGGCAUACAGAUGAUGGCUCCUCAGGAGACUUUGAUAUGGAACAGGAAACUCUUGGUAGUGGAAAAAGACAAGUAUGUGAAAAGGUCUCUUCUCAACAACAUCCAGUUCCUACACGGGAAAUUCAAAGGAAGCAGCAAGAACAGCAAUUGGGGUCAACAAAGGUAUCUGUGAAGAAAAGAGCUUCUGUUCUCUUGGCUCAAUGUCAGCCUACCUCGAGUUUCGGAAACAACAAAAAGAUGAAGCGCUGAUGAUGAGCAGUGAGGUGCAUGAAAAAGGGCAAAAUUAUGAUGAUGAGCAGCUGAAUGACACCGAUGAUGCUCUUCAGUUCAAUUGUGAGGGCAAUGAUGAGGGCAAUGAAAUAGCGGACCGAGCAGUUAUAGCACAGUUUGGAAUGGAAGGUAUAUUCUGAUCAUGAUAUUCUUGUUAUAUACAUACAUACAUAUAUGUACUUCAUAUACAACAACACAGAGUGACCUUUAUAACAGAUCAGCAGAUAACAUUUUUUAAGAGUUCGAUUUUUCUGAUUUGAUUUUAAGAGUUUCGCAUGUAGUUUGAUUUUUUUUAGUUCGAUUUUGCAAAUGUAGGCUUCGAUUUUUGCUUAUUUUUGCAGAUCUAUAGUUCGAUUUUAGAUUUUGAAUUUCAGAGAUUUAGUGUUCGAAUUUAGGGUUUGAUUUUAGCUGAUUUUUGCGGAUUUUGUUUUCGAAUUAAUGGUUGUUUGGGGUGCGAAUAGCUAAAAUGCGAAUUGUGUGUGUGUGUCUGUGUAUGUAUAGCCCACAAGGUUCUGCUAAUAUGUAUACCUUGUGGAUAAGCUAAUAUGCGACUUGCUUCUGUUUGCUGAUCUCUACUGCAAGGCUGUUUAUGCUAUUCUGUGAAGCUUUGUUUCUUCUAUCUGGUGUUGGCUGCUAAUUUUCAGUUGUUCUUUGAUCCUGCGUUGGUGUUCCUUGACGCUGUUAUGCUGUUGUUUUCCUCUCUUAUAUAUCAAGCAAGUGUUACAGGUAAAACUUAGUUGAUCUUUAUUAACUUGAUUCCAUAAAGAAUUUCUGCCACUUUUAUUUUGAUUUAGUAAAUUCAUGUAUUUUUUGAGAGAUCGAGAUAAGUCAUGCUCCUGCAGCUAGAUAAGAAACUUGGAAACUCUGCAUUAAGUUUAUUUGAUCCAAUAUUUAAGUAACUUAACCUCAACAAUUUACUAAGUUCAACAGGAACUGCAUAAGCUAUAUCAUUAUUAUACAGGUUAAGGUACUCAAGCUGUAAUAACUGACCGAUUUCAGCAUGUAUAACACCUGCAAACAAGUUACUGUUGAGGUCUAAGUGAGUAAGUUGAGAAAGAUUACCAAUUCUUGGUGGGAUUUGACCCUGCAGCAGGUUGAUAUUCAGGGAUAAGCUUGUAAGACUAGGAAGUGCACUGAAGUCAAGGGUGCUGAGUGUGCCGCCGAGGCUUUGAUUAUUCAGCUCGAUGUUGGUGACAGAGUUAAGGUUUUCACAGACAAUGCCAGUCCAAUUGCUGCAAAGACUUUGGGCAUCGAAAUGUCUCCAUGAUUUGAGUGAAGAAGGAUCACACAAGGAGUUUUUCCAACGGACUUGGGCUUAUUUCGGUCAAACAAGAACCUUAUCCAAAAGCAGACUUGGGCUUUUUUUUUUUUUUUUUUUUUUUUUACUUGAGCUUAAACAAACAGACUAAAUCAGGUUAUUAAAAGAGGAUAAAUUACUAUGAGUCGUGGUCAUGCAAAUAUGCGUUUGUCCACUCGUUCUGUUCUGUUAUAUGAAGCUCUGUUUCUUCUGGCUGCUUUCUGUUUUAGUGUGGUGUUUUCUAUUUUAUUUUUUUCUUUUUUCUUUUUUAGUUUUUUUUUUUUUUUUUUUUAAAUCUAAGGUUAUAUUGGUAAGAGAUUUUACUUUAUAUAUAUAAACUUGUUAAGCUGGAUAAACUUACGAAUGCAGUGUUUAUUACCACAGAAACAUCAAGUGAAUUGUCCUCGAAAAGGAAAAAACAGCGAGGUCGAACAAUGCUCCACAGAGUUCACGCACAUUCAAGAGAGGAGCGUCCUAUGAUUGUUCUGAACUCAUUAGGUUAGCCAGUUGGACCUACUAAGGAGAUUGUGCAAGAGUUCAAGUUUUUUUCUGGGAACGGUGGCAAGGGAUUCCGAACUUGCACCGCUUAACUACAAAAAUUUUCCUAGCCUACCGACACUUGAUAAGAUAUUGGAUUAUGUCCAGGUAGUAUACAAUGAUACUGUCUUAGUUGCAUUACACGUACACCUCCACACGUUACUAAUGUUUGAGCUUGAACUGGAGAAGUAUAUGGUCCCCCAUGCCGGGUUAAAUUGGGUGAUGGAUGCUGUAAAUAGUUGUUGGAAAUAUUAUAAAUGCCAAAUCAAGAAGAAACACUUCUAUGCAUAUGAUACAGAUGAUUUAAGGUGGGAACAUAAACCAGAUACAAUCUCCGAUAAGAUGUUCCAAGAUCUUCUACAAUAUUGGCAUACCGAUGAGGCGAAGGCAAUUAGCCACAGCAACAAAAGCAAUCGUCUAAUGUUAGAUGAUAUGCACACUUUAGGACGCAAAUCAUAUGCUAUUUUACGCCAUGAGUUGCAACAACAAGAUCCAGACAAGAAAGAACCUUCUCAAGCAAAGGUUUACAAGGAAUUAAGAAAAAGAAGUGUUGAAAGGACAUACAUUAGCAGCUUUGAAAAAGCAAAAGAGAAUAUUGACAAAAUUGAUGCUUUGGAGUCAGCAGAAUCACAAGAAGAUGGUAAUGUAUGCAAUGACCCUUACAGUGAAGUGAUUCCACCUCCUAGACGCAAAAGUCGUUUGCAUCUAUAUGGCUCGAGUGUGAAGAAGAGUGAUUUGAAGAACAAAGAUACAAAGUCAAGUUACAUACUCCCGGAGGAAUUCCUGGUAGGCAAAAAAGCACAAUUAGUCCAAGAAAUUGCACCUACCAUCAUCGCUGCAGUUUUGGAUUCGAUUCGCGAGGUGAACCCCGGGAUUAAUCUUGUGGUUCCUAGUACUCUGCAACAAUUGACUCCGCAUGAUGCAUCUAGUGCACCAAAUCGGAAUUCUGCCCAAAGUGGACAAUCUUCAAAAUCAUUUAAUCAGGUGCUUGAUGACGAUGAGCUACCCCGGGAUGAAUGAAGUACGGACUAAUGUUGCAAGUACUUAGUCAUCUGCUUGCCUUCUGUUGCUACUGCCCAUCAUGUCAGCUGCUUGCCUUGUAUUGCUUCUGCUUUGCUCCUAGUACUCAGUGGUCAGUUUAAUGUUGCUGUUUGUUAUGG